CAGGGAGAGUAAAGCUUCAAAGCUGCUCAGCUGCCUGAGGCUCUGCUAUUCCAUGUGAAUAACUAGUUUUCCCUUUACUCUAGGUGCUGUCAUUUAUCAUCUUUAUCUGCUAUAUUGCAUCUCUAGCUACCUCUUUCAUGAUGGCACCACUCCUAGAGUUUCUGCUGGCCCUGUUUCUUUUUUUUGCCUACGCCUCCAAACUUAAUGAGAAGUUUAAAGGACUCUACUGGCCUUUGAUGGAUUUCUUGCGGUGCGUCACUGCUGCCAUUAUUUACUUUGCCAUUUCAAUUGCUGCUGUCUCAAAAUAUAACGAUGGAGCAUCUAAAGCAGCAGGAGUGUUUGGAUUUGUAGCCACGAUAGUGUACGCCAUUGAUUUCUACAUAACCUUCAAUGACCUGGUUACUUUUCUCAAGCAAGGCAGUUCUGAUUCCCCUGAAGGGCACAAGUCAGAAGAUGAGGACUCCGAUUCUGACUCAGACUGAAGAACUGAACACCAGCCAAGCGUGAAGGGAAGAUGAUCAAGCACUUUCCUCUUUGCUGAAUGCACUGCCAAUUGAAAUAUCUCCCUUAUUUCAACCUUGGUAUCCUCUUUCCACCUCACUGUUUAUGGAAUCACCAAAGCACAGACAGGGCAGUGAUGUGGAAAAGGAGAUAAUUCCCAAUGCAUUAGACGUUCCUUCAGAACUAUGGAUUUUACAGUAGUUCAACCUGCCAGAGAGGUCUGUGUCCAAAUAACACAUCUCAAUUCUCUGCUGCCCCUCUCUACUCAGCACUACAAUGUACUGAGUAAACGGGACCAUGGUAUUUUAAACGUGUAAGCGGAGCUUUUAAUAUGCUUUCUUAAUUCCAAAUCUUUAACUCUUACAGCUUUUAUACUUCUUGCUGUGCCAAAGAAGGGAGGCUCACAAUGCCUCUACUUUAUUUGUAUUUUUCCUGAUUAACUAACAGUAUUUCUUUAUCUGAAGUCUGAAUAUUCCACUAUCUCAAGCACUGAAGGUUAUAGUUAUCAUGUUGGUUUCAGUACAUUUAUAUCUACUGCCUAUCUGCAACAAGAAAAAGUGAACUGGAAAUCUGCAGUAAGAAUAAACCUCAAAAGUAUAACUGUGCUGCAGGGUAGCUGCUUCAUCAAAUAUUCAGUAUCACUUUUUUAAGCUGCUUGGAUGGGAUCACUCCCAUCUUCCGCAGUUCCACCACAGAGCAGAGGUAGAACAGAUGAGGCAUCUUUGUACCAGCACCCUUCCUACCAUUUGUGUGGGAGCCCUUGUACGUGUUUGCACAUACAGGUAGGGAAGGCUGGCCACAUACCAUCCAACAGUACCUGCCUGCAGAAGCCUGGAAAUGUUUGUGCACAAGAUAUGACUGUCUGAUCUCACGCUGUGCUGCGAACGCUGGCCCUCCCGUGAGAGCUAGAGCUGGAUGUCGUCCGCUGGGUUUGCAAAACAGACAACUGUUCUGUAAAACUCAGGAUACCUGGACCCCAGGAGGGCAAUACAUCCUUCCCACUGUGAAAAGGCAAAAAACCAACCUCCAAACUAAAGAACGUCUGCAGUGAAAUUUUCCCCGACCCUUUUUGGGGGAGGGCAUGUGUGUGGCAUUUGGUUUGGGUUUUUUCCCCCUGGAAGGACAUGAUUUAUCUCAUGGUCUAGUAUUCCAGGUGAAAAGCCUUCUGAAUUUGCAAAAGGUAGUUUCAUGGGGAGCACAACCUACCCUGAAAUAUUUGUGUCCACCCAUGAACGUGUACUGCUUGGAAAAUGCAUGGCGUGCUCCUUAUAUAUGGCAUCAAACAGGUCUAUUUCAAAGAAACCUGUACACAUUUUAACAAAAAUUAAUCUAGUACCAGAACAGGUGGCCUUAACAGGGAUUAAUUAAAAUGAGAGCAGAUGGUACUAACAGAGUAAAUGAAAAACAGGGAUAAAACAAUAAAGGCAGAUUUCCUUUGAAACAAAAUUACCACUUGGGUUCCAAUUCCCUGCUAGCAGCUGGCUGCUAACAGGCAGAACACGGUACCUAGGAGCGAGCAGGGGCUUGGGAAGGUGCUGGCCAGGUUCAGAGCUGUCUGACAGGCAGCUCCCGCAUCUCCUGUUUCCAGACCACUGAGAGAAUAAAAGCAAAACAAAUGGUUGCUUCUAAAUGUGAAAUGCUUUUAUGAGAAAUAGCUCUAUGGACCUUUUCCUGUAUGAAAUUCCAUGUUUCUUUUCUGUUAUCAUAUUUUACUGGCACACACUGGGAUAUCGGGGGACCUGGGCUCAUUUUUAUAUUCAAUUGUUUUGUAUUUCUCUUUUUUUAAUUAAAAAAUGUACUGCAUGUCACAGCUGGAAACUAGUACAUGGUUAAUAUUUAGAAACCAUGAUGGAUUAAACCU